AUGCUAGGGAACAACGACCUCGUGCCUCGAUACCUCCUUCCCUUCCUCAAAAUCCUGUCAUGCUUUUUGGAGCAUCAGUGCCUGAAGCUGAAGGGCUUUGUGUAGCAGCCAGUCCUGUUGGGAUAUGAACCCAAUCUGGAUGUGCUUCUUGUAACGGAGAGGAAGUUGCAGUCCAUGGUUGAUGUCAGCAAGCUCUCUGAAUGUACAGUGAGUAAUCCUGUGGCUCUGCAGCAGCAGCUGGAUCUGCUCUGGAGGAUUCUGGAUCCAGGACCUCACACAGCUUUGCAGAAAUACCUCACCUGUGGGCCAGUGAAGGUGACAAACCCAUCACCCACUGGGGCAGACCAGUAUCUCCAGCUCCAAAAGCGCCAGAUGCACAAAGCCUCUGUGAUGAAGUACGGGGAGCUUGCACAAGAUGAGGCCUGGACUGAGGUGAUCGAUACCCUCACAGCGGCUGCCGUCAGGUUUGAGAUGCUGAGCACUGCUCACUGCAGUCAGAUCACCCUGGACCUGGAGGACAGCAGCACCUCCACCAAGGGAACCAAGAGCGGCAUUUUUGUGAUGUACAACUGUGCCUGGCUGGCCACGCUCUUCGACACCUUCCAGCAGGCUGUGGAGCAGGGCAUGUACCCACCUUUGCCACCACCCUCAGAGCCGAACUUCUCCUGCGUCCGUGAAGAGGGUGAAUGGCUCCCACUCUUCAACUAUCUUUUGCCCUUCCCUGAAGUCAUGCAGCAGGCAGCACAGCUGCCCACCCCCACCAAGGGGAUCCGAAUCACAGCCCGCACAGAAGCAGUAUGCAAGUUCCUGAUCCAGCUCAGCAUGGAUUUCAGCUCCUACUACACCGGGUGCACACCCUGAGGGUGACUGUUCCCUCAUCUCUUUGAGCAGAUGUUUGCCUGUCUCCUGCUGCUGGCAGCAGUGCAGGACAUGUUCCACAGUGCACUGGGCACACUGCACCUCCCACCCCUCAGCCAAAUCCGAGACACUCCUCGAGAGCCAUGUCAGAGCGUGACAGGCACCAGAACACUCCACCACAAGGGAAGGACGAGGGCGCAUCCUCCCCAGAAGGGUGAGGGGCUGCCCCACUGUCAGACAGAGGGGUCAGGACAUGCCUCAGACCAUGAAGUUUGGGCAUUAGGCUACCUGCACCUAGUGUGCCGUGUCCAACCAGAAGGGAGGAUGCUGGAGUGCCCUGUAAGCCAGACAAGGGAGUACUGGGAGAAGCACCACCAGGGACCACACACCACAAAGCCAGGCACCAACUGUGCUUCCUUCCAAGCUGUUUAUUGAAGGUUGCUUCUUGCUGGCAGGGAGCUCCUGAGGCUCAUGGCUCCUGUUGAUGCCUGGGCCAGGCCCCGACACUGGGGUCCAAUACAUUUGUUGCUGGACGAA